AUGUCUGCAUGGUGGCGUUAUGUUGUGAAAAAGACAGCUUAUCGUUUUGGGAUCCCAUUAGGUGAGCAUAUUAGAGUUGAGUUUGAAAUUCAUAUUAGAACAAGUUAUUUCAAAACAAACUAAUGGUUCGGCAUUUAUGUAUAAACAAACGAUGUGUAUGCUUAACAUUGAUCAGCUAAUUCACCGUAAUGGGCGUAUCAGCUGGUCACGCGGAUAUAAUUCAGUACCGAAUACAACUUUGUUUACAAGUUUCCAUGCCUAAAGAACGCUUUCCCAGUGAGCAAUUGCUUUGCGCUGCAAGUAUAUCAAGCAGGAUUUUCAUCUUUCUCCAAAAGCUUUAAGCAAAAGCAUAUAUUCAGUGUCCUCUACCAACUUUAACUAGAGCUUAAUUUACUCAAAGAGACUGCAUUCCUUCAACCUUCGCAUAUCAGACAAUGCACGUCAGUGGACUCACUCAAAAAAGCUCAGUCAUUUGCAUACUGUGUAUAGAGACACGAUCAACUAAAAUCCAACAAACUUGACAUCAUCAAAAGUGCGACAAAUAGUACAACUUCCCAACUUUCGAAUUUAAUUAAUUUAUAUUUUCUUCCUUACGCUCCGAUUAUAAUAAUACCUAUUGUUUUCGAUCCGUUAUUUGAACCUUGUCCAAACUUGCUUAAAUUGACAUUAUUCCGCAGUUUGACCUUCUUAGAAAUGGAUCAUUUAAUUUUUGCGGACGGGAACACAUCUGAAGCAAGACUAUUGGCGGAAUGCAUGUUUAUGUCCAAAAGAGACGUCUAGAGUUUGCUCAAUUUUUACUGUUUCAUUUUUUCGGAGGUUUUAAACUAUUCUAAAUUCCGAACUAUCUUAAUUUUUUGACGCUAAAUCGCGGAGGGGGGAGUGGCCCUUAUUUCAUUCUUCAGGAUUUCGACCUCACAACUACCCUGGGUGCCAGAGGCUUUUCAAGCGCGGUUUCCGGUUUCGGUCAAGUCUUCGCCGCUCUUCGUCGUACGCGAGAAAAAACCAGUACCUCACAACCGACAUUUGGCUACAACGUAUCUUUCGGUAUGCAACCAAGUUUUUAAUGACGCCUAUGAUUUUUAUCUGUAUUUUAGUACACGUAUUUAUACUUUUAUGCUCCAUAAAUUUAUCUCGGUAUUUUUAGAUUUUAGACUUUUGUUUCUUGUACAUGUUUAUCUCGGUAUUUUCACAUUUUGGUUUCUACAUUGGCAUAAUGAUCGUACAACGCUAUGGAAGAUUAGCUGAAUAAGUUUUUAAAAGAGCGCUUAUUCGAAGAGUGCAGUUAUUAUGAGGAAGCUAAUUGGGGGUUUUCACAUGACGUCAUCAAAAUUCAAACUAAGGAACUAUCGAUACUUCUGAAUUUCUUCUUUCAUGAGGUAUUACAGCACCUGAAUACCUAUAUUUACGACAAAUUUUCGGUUCCAAGGGUUCUUCGUUUUGCGAUAGAAGACGCUUGAGUAUCCAGGCUUUUGCGUGACGCGCCAUUCGUUGACCGCUUUGUCCAUACAGAAGACUACAGUCGACUCUCUCUCAACGGACACCUCGGUAAAACAGACACCCGGAGUUGGUCCCUGACAACUCUCUACUCCCUUUAUUCUUCUCUCUGUGAGAUGGAUAUUACAGUCAACUCUCUCCUUUACAGACACCUUUGGGACCGUCAUAUAAAGAGUCAAAUAAAGGGGAUUAAGAAAGGCAGGGUCCAACUCUAGGUGUCCGUUUCACCGAGGUGUCCGUUAAGAGAGAGUCCCGAAGGUGUCCACCUUAUCGUCCAUCCUAGAGAGAGUUGACUGUAAUAGAUAGUCCCCCCAUCCCAUCCCCCCCCCCCAAAAAAAAAAAAACAUUAGAAAGAGCCACAUAUAUUUAAUGACAUUUUUUCUUGUUACGUUCCUCAGCCAUCCUAAGAUGUUGUUGUCCUUGUUGUUUACGAGGCGAGCCGGACGAAAAAGCAAGGGUAAAGGUUUCCUAUGACGAUGAAAAAUCCCCAAACCACACUGAGGAAAACGUAAGGUUGCUUAAACCAGACGAGCAGCCGGAAGACGCGAUCAAAGAAAACGAGGAAACGGUGAAAAAAGACGAUGACACUCCUGAAACGAAUCACAACGAAGAAGACGAAGAUUCACCGAAAAAUCGCACGAGGGACAUUUUGGAAAUGACCAAAGAAAACUCGGAAGAUGACGGAUCCGAAGUGGUGGAGUACGUUGACGAAAAUGGUCGACGGGUUCGUCGGAUUGGGAAGAAAACGAUUACCAUCACGGUUUCUACAAGAAGUGGUUCAAGCGGGGAUGGAACCAACAACGUCAAGACCGAAACCACAGAGAUCACUGUAGGAGGUAAUGACCAAGACAAAAACAGCGUGUUUCAGCCUAGAAAACUCCAAGAAAGAGAUGUAUUUUUAGAUUUUGAUACUACACCCAAAGCAAGAGAGGAGCGCUUGAUUAACUUUGAAGUCAAAGGAGAGGCAUUUCCCAAACACGACGUCAAGACGGUUGAGAAUAAAGGUUACACUACCACUAUCACAACAGGGUCUCCAGGAGGUAAGACCGAAGGCAAUAGCUAUAGUUCAGUAUACAAGAGGACUGUAGUGACCAAGACGAUUGGGGGACCCGAGAACCGAAGUGUUGUCGAACACUCUACGACGUCUUCCAGAGGUGACGGCGAACAGCCGAUUUGGGUUGUCAGGAAAGAUAAAUCCAAAUUUGAUGUGCCCGAGUGGAUGGAAGAAAGUAAGUCGCCCGAGGAAAAACGUAAAAAUCCAGAACUAUCGGACAUAAGUGUUCAAUUGAAAUAUCCCGGUGGUCAUAAAUCACAAAUGAAAGAACCGGACGAGAAAGCCAACGAGAGCAAGAUCCGCCCGGAAGUGGCAACACGGGACAAGCCGGAUAUUUCAAUUCUUAGCCUUGAGAAUAUCGUCAGAGAAAACGAGAAGAAAAAAGACGAAAUCAAAGGAUCAGAGAAAACAGAAGUCCAAUCAACACCGCCUCUGGCUGACAAAGAAGCUGAUGAUGACGACGAAGACGAGGAAGAGGAAGAGGAAGAGGAAGAGGAAGAGGAAGAGGAAGAAGAAUACGAUGAGUUUGAAGAAGAGAUUGUUGUUAUGGAGGUCACAAGAAAAGCGCGUUUCCCGAAGGCGCUGGAAACUCCAAAACCUGAGCCAGAAAAAGUGGGGGUCCCUAUCGAAGACCUUCUGGAGAUUCCCACACUACAAGUGCAGCAGGAAUCGGCUCCUGUAGAUGAAUCGUUCUUCGAGGAGAAAAUCGAAGCGGUGGAACGCCAACCACAGGUUUUCUCCGAAGCACCAGAUUUUAGUUCCUUUGGACUUCAAUAG